AGAUUGAUUAAAAUCUACAUCGUAUAAAGUUCAUAUGUGUAUAAAAAUCCUUAUUCGUGAAGAUACGGAUCCGGAAUCCGUUUAACGCUUUGAAAUAAAAGUUCUGCCUACUCAGUCAUAGAUCAUUUUACUUAAGGGUAGUAUUUAGUUAUGAAAUUUUUUCCUCUUCGAAGUGCUUCGGAGUAGAGAAUAAAAAAAUGUGAACUGUCAUUUGACAUUGUCAUACAUUUUCGCGGGAUUUGAUAAGCCUAAGUUAAAAGUUCGCUUCUCUUAUUCUCACUUUUCAACUUUCAGUUUUAUAAAGUUAAAUAAUAAUCAGUAUUCAUUCUGAAAUGAGAAAUUAAAAAUAUUAAUCAAAAUACAAUAUGAAAUUACAAUGUCAAAUUGAAGUUGUUAAUAGAGUACAUAACAGUUUAAAUAUAAGGUCUAAUGGCAAAUAUUUAAAAUCUACCUUGGCUUUAGGAAAAGAACCAAAGAAUGAAAAUGAAUACUUUAUAUUGCACUUUUCUUCGGUUAAUAAAAAUGGAACGAAAUAUAAAUUGAAAUCUAUCAAACAAGUGUUUGUAAAGUGUAUAAAUGAAGGUAAAACUACUAUAAGGUUUGACGAGCCACCCCAUGACUUAUGUAUAAAAUGUGAAGUUAUACAACUUAAAAGUUUUAUGAGACUACUUAAAUCGUGCAUUAACGGAGAUACAAAAGACUUAAAACUAUCAAAUUUAUCUUCACUUGCAAUAACAGCAAAUAAUAAUGCUCCAACAAAAUUAACUAUUCAUGAUCGUUCCGAAUUUCCUCCUAAGGGCUUGCCAAGAACAAUAGAAUCACUACGUAUUGUUGGACUCAAACUAUGCAACUUUCGAAGAGAUAUUUUACUGCUUAGCCAUUUAGUUGUCCUUGAUUUAAGUAAUAAUGAAAUUGAAAAGAUACCUCCAGAGUUUGGAAGACUACCAAGCAUUUCUGAACUGUAUGUAGCUAAUAAUUGUCUUGGAUUGAAAGAUCCAGCAGACUGGAGAUGGCUUUUAGGUGUCCAGAUAACUAAGAAGCUUAAGCUUUUAGAUCUCAGUGGAAAUAAAAUAAAAGAACUACCAAAAAGUAUUUGGAAAUUGCAAAAUUUAAUAACUUUAAAGAUAGACAAUAAUAAUUUAAAAAGACUGCCGUCUUCUUUGGGACGCAUCAGCACUUUGAGGUACUUAACAGUAUCACAAAAUAAUUUGCAGUCCUUGCCCUGUGGACUGAUGCACUGCCGACUUGAUUACAUAGAUCUGUCAGCAAACAUGUUUGAUUCUGGAAAUGGUACUUUGAAAACUGUUAAUUACUCUCAAUGGGAAUUUUACAUAAACAGCCUAGUACAUAUUGCUUCCAAAGUAGUUCUAAAUAAGAAAUUAUUUUAUGCACCGAACAUAAUACCUUGGACAGUAGUUGAAUUGUUAGACAAUGCCAAUAUAUGUGUAUGCGGUAAGCCAGUUUUAAAUGACUCUCAUUUCGUUAUUAAAGAAUUUCAACUAAAGGACUUAUAUAGAGUUGUAGUCUUUAAUAAUAACCAUACUUGUGAUGUUGGAUUUGAGUGUUUCUUUUGUUCUCCAAAGUGCUUUAUGAAAUGAUUUAUAUUUUGUAAAAUUCAGGUAAAUUAAUGAUUAUCACUAAUCCCCUAUAUAUGUAAUAUAUUAUAUGUAAGUAAAAUAUGAUCAUGUUAUUAUGUCAAAUGAAAUAACUCAUCAAAUAGGGAACUAUUGUUAAUAAGGCAGAUAAUUUUCAUAUAUCUUUAAAUACAUUAUUAGAUAGCCCAGCGUAGUAAACAAAACAUAGUGAUAAAAUGUAUGUGUAAGAUAAAAUUCAGCUACAUGUACAUAAUUAUACCUACCAACCUGUAAUGGGACAGCAUGCAAAUCUUUUUUGAGCUAGUGGGAUAUUUAUACUAUUAAUAAUCAAUCAAUUGCCUGUGACAUUUUCAUGAAUCAUAAUAAUUAAAUCAUAACCAGUUUUGAAAAUGAACCUUAUUCCAUAUUUUAUUCAUCUAUACAAAUAAAUAAAUUCGAAUCGUCUGUCUGAGAUUUCAAAAUACCGCCUCUUUUAAAGUUAAUAUGGCUAUUUGUGAGUUACCAAAACCUAAACAAUCAUUUUAUUUUAUUUUUUCACAUCUGUUUGCCCAGGGUAAUCUUUAAAAUGGCUAAAAGUUACAAAUUGAAAUAACUAAAUAAUUAUAGGAAGUGUUUCAAGAUUCUGUUGUCUUUUUAAAAAUUUAUGCAAAGUUAGUUGGGUCUAUCAAAAGUUAUAAAAACAUAUGUAAUUUUACGUUGUUGUGUAUGAUAUGUUGCGGUCAUUUGCUAAUAGAUACUUUGUGGCUUUAGGUCGCAAUUAUUAACUCAUAUGUUAUAUUGUCAAUUAGUCUUGACAUAUUAAGUAAUAUUUUUGUUUUGAAUUUUAUAGAUACUUUUUAAUAUUAAGAUUACCUAUUCUUUAGUUAUAGGGUUUAAUAAAAUUUGUAUUAAAUAGUUUAAUUUUGUCCUUAUUUACUCAUGUAUGUCAUCAAUUAUAUGUAGCAUGUUCAUAACUUCAUGUCAAAGAUAUUGUUGACCUAGCAAAUAGAAAUACUACACCUAAUAUCCAUAUCCAUUUUUCUUUAAAUAGGUACUAGAAUAAUGAUAAUCACACUAAUAUCAUAAAUAUGAAAGGUUGCAUGAGUUAUAAACAUUUGUUACACUUUAUCACAGCUAAAAUAUGACAUAAUUAAUAUAUUUUGGACUUUUUAUCCAGUUUAUCUGGAUUUUUGAUUAUGAAAAGGGCGAAGCCGCGGCUGCAUCACUAGUUUCGAAUAAGUUUAGUUUUUUAGAAUAACAAAUGACAAGUCAAUAUAUGUAUUAUCUUUUUUAUAAUAUUCAUAUAUAACAUUUAUACAUAACAAAAAAUAUUUAUUAAUUAGUAUAUUAUUUAUUAAUAGUUG